UGGGGUCAUCACCUUCAGAGGGCGCGCCAUGUUCCAACGUUAGACAACUCUAAUCGCAGCGACAUUCCUAGCGUAAACAUGGCUUCCAGUGAAACACGCGGUGAACUAAGUUUCUCUCUAAUUCAAGAACUUGGCGGAACCAAGGAAGAUCUGCAGCUUCUGGAGGGUCUUGGGGAGGAUGAAGAGGCUGAAGAUCUGGACCUGGAUGCAGCAAAUGACUGGGAGGCAGAUCCUAUCAAAAAGGAUGAACUUCGUGAUUUCAUUGAACAGCUUGGAAUAAAAAAACACAGACCUGAUGUCAUAGAAGGAAAAAACAAGGAAAAGGAGGCAAAACAGCAGAAGUCUGAGGUCGACAACAAUGAAAGCAGAGACAGUGAAGCAGAACAAGCCUCCAGUAAAAGUAAAACUGGCACUUCAGAAAAGGCACGACGACAGGAAAAGAAUAAAUAUAAAGUACAGCAUGCUGAUGUUACCAGCACUACUAUAAGUGACGAAGAAAGUUUGACACACCAUCUGAAAUCUCCAGAAAGUCGCUCAUACCUGUUGUUCAAACCAGGGGACUCAUGGCUAGAUAGUCAGAAAUUGGUAAACGAGAAGCCUGCAAAAUAUGAUCUGAUCCAGACAGCUCGGAACUUUGCUGCACAAAUUCUGGAAAGGGAAGUUACUUUAUACAAGGAGCGCAGGGAGCAUAAAAAGAGGUCAGAUUCCCAAUGGCUAAAAACUGUGCUGACAUCUGGUACACUUUCUGACAAAAUGGCUGCUUUGACACUGCAAGUAGAAGAAUCACCUGUGCACAGUCUUUCAGCCCUUGACUCAUUAGUUGCCAUGGUGCACAAAAAAGGAAAACGUGAAGCAAUGAUGGCAGCAGAUACGCUAAAAGAAUUGAUGUCAAGUCUGUUGCCUAGUGAUCGCAAGUUGAUUGCUUUUGAUGCUCGUCCUCUAGACAAAGUGUGGAGUACAUGUGGUGGGAACAAGGAUGCAGUUGAUAAAAAACUUUUAUCGUGGUAUGUUGAAGCUGUUCUGAAGGAGAAAUACUCAGCUUUUGUUGCUGCUCUUGAUGUAAUGUCAUUUGACACUAUCCUGGCUCCAAAACGAAAAGCUUUAGACACCAUGCAUUACCUGCUGAUGGAAAAACCAGAACAAGAAAAUGUACUCCUCACAAAAGUAAUAAACAAGCUUGGAGAUCCCGACUACAAACUGGCAUCACAUGCCUCCUAUCUCCUGAUACGGCUGGUGGAGCAGCAUCCAAACAUGCAGCAGGUGAUUGUCGCAGAGGUUGAACGACUUAUCUACAGACCUGGCAUCUCACAGCGUGCACAGUAUUAUGCAAUGUGCUUCCUGAACCAGAUCAAGCUUAACAGCAAAGAUCAUAUUCUUGCCACAAAAUUGAUCACCAUAUAUUUUAGUUUUUUUAAGAUGUAUGUAAAGAAAAAAGAAAUGGACAGCAAAAUGAUGGGGGCAUUACUCACUGGAGUCAACAGAGCAUAUCCAUUUGCUGAAGCCAAAGAAAACAGCAUGGUUGAACAGAUUGGGACCCUUUACAAAAUAGUGCACUUGGUGAACUUCAACAUUGCACUUCAGGCUCUUAUGUUGCUGCAGCAGGUCUCAGAUCUCAGCUCCAGCGAGGGUGAUCGGUUUUUCGUGGCACUGUAUCGCAAAAUGCUUGACGCUGGGCUGAAGACAUCUGCCAAGCACCCACAAUUUCUCAAUUUGAUUUACCGCAGUAUGAAAGCCGAUGUGUGUGACAAACGUGUUAAGGCUUUUAUGAAGCGCCUGCUUCAGGUGGGAAGUCAGCUUGGCCCAGACUUCUUAUGUGGAGCUCUGAUUGUGCUAUCUCAGAUUCUGAAGGAAAGACCGGAAUUGUUAGCCAUCAGACAAAUAGGACAGGAUGAAAACAAAACUGAAGAACAGGUGACGAACAGCACUACUAAUCUGGUUGGUUAUGAAGAUGAUGACGAAGAACAUUUUAUAGACUUGCCAGUUCCAGAAGAAUUUCAGGACAAAGAAAAAAUAAUACAAGAUGAGGGAAAAAUAUCAAGAGAAUCUCCAUCUUCAUCACGUGGAUCUAUUCAUGACCCAUCCUUGUCGUCGUGGGUACAUCGAAAAAAUCGUGAUGGCAAACAUGAGCAACAAGAGUAUCAACCAUUCCAGCGGAACCCUCUCUACUGCCAUGCUGAACACACAAUGUUGUAUGAACUGUACAAGCUGGUGGCACACUACCAUCCAUCUGUCAGUCUCUUUGCUCGCACAGUGUUAGAGGGCCAACAAAUUGUGUACUCUGGGAAUCCCCUUCAAGAUUUCACACUGAUUCGAUUUCUUGAUCGCUUUGUCUACAAAAAUCCCAAGAAAAUAGAUGCUGCUAGCCAGAAAUUAGCCACAGUUGGAGCUGCUUAUCGCAAGAGAAAAGAGAUCCUUGAAGGGGUUGUGCCAGUCACAUCAGCAGAGUUUAUAGAGAAAGGAGAAGCAAGUGUUGCGGAACAUGAACGCUAUUUGUACAAGUACUUCAGUCAGCGUGCAGAGAAAAGCAAAAUAGACGAUGGUGAGGACAGUGAGGCAGGGAGUGUCAGUGACUCAGAAUUUGAUGAAUAUCUUGAUAAACAUGAAAGUCAUGCUGAUGAGGACCAAAUGAGUGACUUGGACAUGGAUUUUGCAAGCGAUCUCAGCAAAAAAGGCCGAAAAGACGGAACAAAAGAUAUUGGCAGUGAUGUCAGCACUGACGAAGAGGAUCCAGAUGAUUUGUCAGAUGAAGAGAUGGAACUAGAGGAGGAUGAUGAAUUAGCAGCUGAGUUUCGUAAAGAGAUGGAGGAGCUAGGAGAUGAUAGUGAUGAUGAACUAAAGCAAUUGAUGAUAGACAGCACGAAAAAAAGCAAGAAACGAGCACCUGUUACGAAAGAAGAUGAUGUCUUUGAAAAGAAAGCCAAAAGGCGACGAGGCUCCGACACAGCAGGUGAUGGCAUAUUUGCUGCAGCGGAAGAGUUUGCUGAUGUUCUGGAAGAAAAUGCCAGCAAUACAUUGGGGUCUAUGGGCACCAGCCAUGGUGUCAGCAAUCCAGACAAAGCUAGUUUCAAGCAGCUGGCGUGGGAGGCCGAGCGAGACCGCUUUCUUCAUGGCAGACACUGGAGUCAAAGGAAGGUGGGAAGAAAGCAGGCACAGCAGGCUCACAGCGAAAACCAGCCAAGACUCAACAGCACCGACAUCAAGGACAUAGGAGGAAACCUGGCAAGGGACACAAAUUUGGGAAAAAGAAGAAUUAAAUCUGUGUGUACAGCACUUGAUUUGUCUUUUGUGACCUAGAUUGUGUGUAUGGAGGGAAGGAAGGAUUGCAGAAAGAUGCUGUGGAG